UAUCUACAAUUCACCAUGGCUUGCUUCAAACAAUAUUUUGUAAUGUAUCUUGUAGUGUUUCGUGGCCAUACUAUUUGAUCGUGUCUCAUAUCAUUCGUAGAUUAAUGCUUAUGUGUUAAUAUGUAUCAUAUCAUUUAUAGCUUAUUUGACCCAAAAGGCCCUUAUUAUGGAUGUUCAAACAUAUUUGUUCAAAUUUGUUUAUACUUACAAAAGUAGUACUAGUGUUUUUAUUAACAUGUGAGCUUUUCAUUGCAAGUAAACAUCAUUUCUGAAAAAAUGUAAGAAGACAUAUACUUUGAAGAAUUAAUGAACUCAGACAAUAUACAACAAUAUAUAACAGAUAGCAUCGUAAUUGCAUUUUUUUUCAUUAAAUAAGAAAUUUCAUAGUCUUUUCUUUUAUCAAAAGCUUUCACCUAAUUCCAAAUUUUCUGCAUAGACGUUAUCAUUUAACCAUUGUCUUCUAAAUAUAUGAUCUUAUAUUCAGUUCAUUUCGUACAAUUGUCUUUACCUUUGUUUCUUAUCAAAUUCGCCAACAAACAUUUGAAUUUACAGGAGCCUGCGGUCAUACCAUCAAUGGCAUCUUCUUCAACUUCAUCCGUUCACAAGAGCUUUAAGUAUGAUGUAUUUUUGAGCUUUAGAGGUGAAGACACCCGUAAAAGCUUUAUCGAUCAUCUUUAUUAUGCUCUUCAGCAGAAAAACAUUUCCACUUAUAAGGACGACGAGAGAAUUGAAAAAGGGAAAAGGAUCAGUGAUGAGCUCAUGGAAUCCAUUGAAGACUCAAAAUUCUUCAUCAUUGUUUUCUCCAAGAAGUAUGCGUCUUCAUCUUGGUGCUUGAAUGAGCUUCUAAAGAUAAUGGAGUGUCACAAGUCAACCGAGCAUACUGUUUACCCCGUAUUCUAUGAUGUGGAACCCUCUGAAAUCCGCAAUCAGACCGGGGCAGUCGGAGAAGCCUUUGCCAGACACGAAAAGGAAGAGGCUGCUGGGAAAUGGAGAAAGGCUUUGAAAGAAGCAGCUGAUGUGGCUGGUUGGGAGUUGAAGAACACUGCUGAUGGGCAUGAAGCUAAAUUCAUUAGACAAAUUGUUGAAAAGCUUUCACUAGAGUUACGGGCCAUCAAUGUCAGCAUCGAUAAAAACUUAGUAGGCAUGGAGAUUCGGAUCAAGGAUAUUAUAUCAUCUUUAGGAACUGCUUCUGAUGGUGUUCACAUGAUCGGGAUCUGGGGGAUAGGAGGUGGUGGGAAGACAACUUUGGCCAAAGCCAUUUUUGAUAAAAUAUCAUUUCAAUUUGAAGGGAAAAGUUUUGUUGAGAAUGUCAGGGAAGUUUCAAAUGCACCUUUGUCUGGUUUAAAGCCAUUACAAAUUCAAAUCCUUUCAAAUGUCUUGAAUAAUCAUGGCAUCAACAUAGGUAGUGUUUCCGAGGGGAAAAACAUGAUGUCUUGGAUGAUGGGUGGUAGAAAGACUCUUCUUGUUCUAGACGAUGUGGAUCAUGUAGCCCAGCUUGAGGCGUUAGCUGGUGACCCUAGUUGGUUUAAGUCAGGAAGUAUAAUUAUCAUUACAACUAGAGAUGAGCAAGUGUUGGUAGCACAUGGAGUGAAGUUGAUUCAUAAUGUCAAUUUGCUAUCAGAUAAGGAGGCAAUUUGGCUCUUUAGUAGGUAUGCCUUUGGGAGAGAUUUUCCAUAUCAAGAGUACCAAGAGCCAUGUGGAAAAGUUGUAUGUUAUGCAGCUGGUCUUCCUUUAACAAUCAAAGUUUUGGGUUCAUUUCUCUGUGGUAAAAGUAAGCUUGAAUGGGAAGAUGCCCUAAAUAGGCUAAAAACAAUUCCGUUACAGGAAACUCAGAAAAAGUUGGAACUUAGCUAUAUUGGUCUAGACGACGAUUACAAGGAAAUAUUCCUAGAUGUUGCAACCAUACUGAAAGGUUGGCGGAAAGACUUUAUAAUUCAAGCACUUGAAAGCUGUGGAUUUCAUGCUAGAAUUGGUUUAAGAGUUCUUGAGCAAAAGUCUCUCAUAACUAUUGAUGGUGAGCGUUUGGGCAUGCAUGACCAUUUAGAAGAAAUGGGCAGGAAUAUUGUUCGUCGUUCACAUCCCGAUAUGCCUAACAAACAUAGCCGAUUGUGGAAUAGAAAGCAAAUUGAAGAUAUAUUGGCUAAUGACUUGGGUACUGAAGCAACAAGGUGUGUGCAAUUCUACCAGGGGAGACUCAGUCCACAAAUUGUUAUGGAAGGUCUUAGAAAGAUGAAGGAAUUGCGGUUUCUUGAUGUGGAAAAUCUUUUCUCGAGUUUGGAAGAUAAUAAAACCAUGCCAAACUUUCUAAAUGGUUUAGGAUUUCUGUGUUGUAAUUGGGGUUUUGAUAAAGUCAGCCUCAGCCCAUAUUUUCCAGAUGGUUUACGAUUUCUGCGUUGGACCAGUUACCCUUUUAGGUCUUUACCCCAAACAUUUGAAGGAAGUAAUCUUGUUGCUCUUGACAUGACUAACAGUGAUAUGCUACAACUUUGGGAAGGGGGAGAAAGAAAGGUUCUUAAACAGCUCAGAUUCCUUGACCUCAGGGGUUGCUCAAGGUUGAGGAGCAUUGACCUUGGGCAGACUCCAAAUCUGGAGAUAUUAACCAUUACAAGAUAUGGUGGUUUGGUAGAACUUUACAUGCCCUUUGAACGUCUAAAACUCAGAUCCCUCGAACUUCAUGGUGUAAAGUUGAAGAGGUUUGACCUUGGGCUGACUCCAAAUCUCGAGAAGUUGUGGCUUGAAGGUGAAGGUAGUGAGUUGGAAGAACUUCAUAUGCCCGGUAAAUGUCUAAAUCUCAAAUCCCUACAUCUCACCCAUUCAAAGUUGACGACCAUUGACAUUGGGUUGACUCCAAACCUCGAGGAUUUAUAUAUUGGAUAUUGUAAUGAUUUAGAAGAACUUGAAAAGGCCAAUAAAUGUGUAAAGCUCAGAUCCCUCAAGCUUUCUGGUUUAAAGCUGAGGACCUUUGACCUUGGGCCUAGUCCAAAUCUUGAGAGGUUGAGUUUUUAUGAUUGCAACGAUUUGGAAGAAUUCCACAUCACCGAAUGUCCAAUACUGACAAGCAUCAAGAUUGGGCUUUCAAAGUUGAGGAUCCUUGAUCUGAGGCUUGUUCCCAAUCUCAAUAAAUUGUUUCUUUUUGAAUGCAAAGGUUUGGUAGAUCUUCACAUGCCCAGUAGAUGUCUAAAUCUCAAGUCCUUGAAAAUCACUAAUUCAAAGUUGAGGACCCUUGACAUUGGGCUGGCUCCGAUUCUCACGCAUUUAAGUUUUACAAGUUGUUAUUAUUUGGAAGAACUACACCUGGCCAAUGAAUGCCAAGAGCUUGAAUCCAUCACCAUUACUCAUUCAAAGUUGAGGACCCUUGACCUUGGGAUGGCUCCAAAUCUCAAGGAAUUACAUCUUAAAGAAUGUUAUAAACUGGUACAACUUCACCCGCUCAUUCGAUGUCUAAAAAAUCUUGUCGACUUAGAAUUGAGUGGCUCUUUCUGGUUUAUGUAUUUUUCAUUUCACAUAAAGGAUAAUACUUCUGGUAGAGUGAAUGAAUCACUUGAGGUUCGUCCUUUAGCUAACUUAUAUUUCACCCUAGGAAGUUGCCCAUUUCACCUCGACUAUCAUUUGCCAGAGUUUGAGUUUACAUGUUUUCAUAAAGAAGAUCUACCCUCAUUGACUACAAGUAUUGAGAAGCUUAUUUGUGGAGAUCCAUGUACUUGCAUAAGGCUUGAGACGUUUUCAAGUAGCAUUUGUGAGUUACAACGUUAAAGAAUGCUCAAACCCAAAGAAAGUAUUCCAGAGGCAUUCAAAGGAGCUGAAGUGGUAUUUUAUGACUUGGCAGAUACAAAAGCUGACAUUUAUUUUCCAUGCAUUGUAAAAUGUCAAAAUUCAACAACACAUGUGGAUGUUGAGCAUAUUAUAGAAUACGUAAAAAUUAUAUUUCAUUAUUUUUAAUUUUUCUGUAAUUGAAUUUGUAUUUGUGUUACCACCGAAUCCUAAGAUUUGAAUCAUUUCCAACGAUUACAAGUUCUAGUGACUUGGAAGCAUUCAGAGCACAAGGCGAUUUUCCUGACUGCUUUUGGCUCAAGUCAUUCCAUGUAAUUGUGUCUUGUCUUUAGUAUCUCGAGUUUCUUUAACCAUCAUUCUUGUCUUGGAAUGAAAUAGUUGCACAUUUGGUCAAGUCAAGUAUGAAGAAAUAUA